UGUCGGUUGAGGGGAGAUUGAGGUGUUUGUGUGAGGUUAAUAAAACGAUACAAAAAAGUAUAUGUUAUUUUUUUUAAGAAAGAUACUCCAGAAACUGAGAUUUGUUCCCACAAGGGUCAACAUUUAUAGAAAGCAAGAAACAAAGAAAUUUGCUUCACUUUUCAAACCAUUCAGAUGCUGAAGUGAAGUCACUAUCACACCAGUUCAUCUAUAAAUACUGUGAAGAAGUCAAACAAGCAGCUGCUGUCACAACACAUUCAACUACUCUACUAUUCUGAUCCACUGUUGUAAUGAUGGAGUGUGUUAAAGAGGAGACUGAUCCUGAAUCAUUCACAAUAACACCUGAACAUACUCAACAACAAAGAGGCCUAAAAAGAUCAAAAGAGGACAGUCAACAACAAAAUGAAGUGGAGGAUGAACAUCAGCACCACAAUUCUUUCAGUUGCUCACAGACUGAUGAGGAUUCACCUCAAGAAAGAGCAAAAACCAAAAUCUCUUUUGCAUGCCAUCUUUAUGGUGAGACUUUUUCACAAAAAGGACAUUUAAAUGUUGAAUUAAAGACUCACACAGAAGUUAUGCUAUACACCUGUCCUCAGUGUGAUAAGACUUGCACAAGUAAAGGCAAUCUUAAGGAUCAUUUAUUAAGUCACACUGGUGAGAGGACCUUUGCAUGCCCUCAAUGUGGUAAAUGUUUUAAAAGACAAAGAAAUCUUAAUGUUCACAUAAAGACUCACACUGGAGAAAGGCCCUACAGCUGCCCUCAAUGUGAUAAGUGUUUUUCACAAAUAGGAAAUCUUAAUGUUCACAUAAAGGCUCACACCGGAGAAAGGCCAUACGCUUGUCCUCAUUGUGCAAAGACUUAUAUACGUAAUGGAGAUCUUAAGCAACAUUUAAUAAUUCACACAGAUGAGGGGCCCUUCACUUGCCCUCAGUGUGAUAAGACUUUUUCACAAAAAAGAAAUCUUGCUGUUCACAUAAAGUCUCAUACUGAGGAAAGUCUAUAUACCUGCCCUCAAUGUGGAAAGACUUACAAAUGGAAAGGGGAUCUUAAGAAACAUUUAAUAUUUCACAUAGAUGAGGGGCCCUUCACUUGCCUUCAGUGUGGUAAGAGUUUUAAACAACAACGAAAUCUUAAUGUUCACAUAAUGACUCACACUGGAGAAAGGCCCUUCAUCUGCCCGCAAUGUGGAAAGACUUACAGACGUAAAGACCACCUUACAGAACAUAUAGUGACUCACAGAGAUAAGAAGCCCUUCACCUGCCCUCAGUGCUAUAAGGGUUUUUCACGGAAAAUACAUCUUAAUGAUCACAUACAGACUCAUAAUGGAGAAAGGCCAUACGCAUGUCCUCAGUGUGAUAAGGGUUUUAUACGAAAAAGUAUACUUAAUUUUCACUUGAAGACUCACACUAGAGAAAAGACAAAGACAUACACCUGUUCUCUGUGUGGAAAGACAUACACAUGUAAAGAGUCCCUGAAAGAACAUAAAAGAAGUCACACUGACCACAAACCUUUCUCUUGUCCUCAAUGUGGAAAGAGCUUUAGACAAAAAGGAAACUUUAAUAUUCACAUGAGGAGUCACAGUGGUGAUGGGCAUUACACCUGUCCUCAUUGUGUAAAAAGAUUCACAAGAAAAGCACAUUUGGAGAAUCACAUACGAGUUCACACUGGAGAGAAACCUUUCAGGUGCCCGCAGUGUGAUAAGAGUUUUACACAACGUGGAAAUCUUCAGUGUCACAUACGAAUUCAUACAGGUGAGAAGCCUUACUCGUGCCAUCUGUGUGAUAAGAGUUACGCACAGGCAGAAGGUCUCAAAAAGCAUCUGCUAUCUAACCAUUCUGUAUAAAACCCCUAAACGUGACACUGAUCAAACACAAGUGACUGUAUACUGGAGAUAAGCUGCACCGCUGUCAUUCAUGUUGAAGAAGUUUCAGACGAUCACACAGCUGCAGACUCACAGAGAAAAGCGCCGUCUGUAAAGAGGGAACAAAGAUCCAAACACAUGAUGUGAAAUGAAGAUAAACCUCACGAUUGAAUUACUCCAAAAUAUAUGAAUUUUAAUAGAUUAAAUGAAGUGGUGAAAUUUGUUAUUUCUUGUAUCUAACUUGUAGAGCAUUAUGUUAGCAGAGCAAACAAUCAUGGGUUCGAUCCCAGGAACACACAUUUUUAAUCAAAUGUAUAGCUUAAUAUAUGUUUUCCAAAUGCAUUCAGUCUUUCAUCUGUUUAUUGUGUUAUUAUUAAAGUGAUUGCAGUUAAAACUACCUUCCUCAUCCUCCUUCAUCUGUACCACACCAAAACCGUGACACUUAUUGAGUUAUUUGUUCAUAAAUCAGUCUGCACCUGUCAUGUUUGUUUUUAGGUCCAUCCAGCAAACAAUGAAAAAAGAUGACGUUUUGCAAUAUUUCGAGAUAUAUUUUAUUUCCCUUUUUGUGAUAUAGUAUUCAUAAAGUGUAAUUUAUUUAUUUUGUUAUGUAAACUUUAAG